AUGAGAGCAGCUGCAAACGUGCUUCUCAAACUGUGGGGCCAGGACUAUAUAGCGAAAGCCAAACCGGACAGCCUCAGAGAAGUGACGGACUCAAACUGGGAGGAGAUCCUGACCGGAGAAUGGAUGAUUGAAUUCUUUGCUCCAUGGUGUCCCGCCUGCCAGCAGCUUCAGUCGACCUGGAAGGAGUUUGCCGACUGGGGAGACGACAUGGGGGUCAACAUCGCCAAGGUGGAUGUGACAGAGCAGCCUGGGCUGAGUGGCAGAUUUAUCAUCACGUCUCUUCCUACAAUUUACCACUGUAAAGACGGUGUGUUCCGGAAGUACCAUGGAGCGCGCACCAAAGACGACUUCCUCAGCUUCAUCGACGAACAGAAGUGGAAAACCAUAGAACCAAUCUCUUCCUGGUUUGGUCCCUCCUCCAUUCUAAUGAAUGCAAUGUCGGCUUUGUUUAAACUCUCAAUGUUCAUCCGGCGUUGCCAUAACUACAUGACAGACGAGCUGGGGAUCCCAAACUGGGGUUCAUACGUCAUCUUCGGACUGGUGACGCUGUUCUCUGGACUGGCUCUGGGUCUGUUGCUGGUGUUUAUUGCUGAUUACGUUUUCCCUUCAAGAAGAUUUUCCUCAGACAGUUACUACCAAAAGAAACAGGCGGCGGAGCAGGCGCGGCUGUUGCAGGACGACGACGCUGACGGAGAGGAGGAGGACGAGGACGAAGAAGAGGUGUGGAGACGGAGAAGAGCGCCCCCCGAAGGCCGCUCCGAGAGUGCAGCUCAGAACACAGACGUACGUAAGAGAGCGGAGAGGAGCAGAGAGGCGGAGGACGACGAGAGCGAGAGCUAG